GUAUUGCUGUCUGUUACAUUUCCCAGUCGUGGCAGUGGAACGUUGAACGGUGCUAUAAUAUUUCCAGAGUGGAAAACUCGAGUACUAAGCAAUCAUUUACUCCGUUUCUGAAAUAGUCUGCUCAACGCAGCAUGUUUACAGAUGGCUGGUUAACAUUUGACGUCUGAUAAGUUCUAAACUGCGCUGUGCGUUAAAUUCCUAACGGUGAGCUAUCGUACGACUACCACCGGUAGCCGGGGAAACUGGUUGGAUUUGACACUUGUAUCCGUCCGUGACGGUCACCGAGAAGGCACCUAUUCGUCUGCGGCAAGGUGCAGGCUGACUGAUCCACUGGCGAGCACCUUUUUGGAAGGUAGACAAGGACCGAGCAGUGGAGCACGUCUGAGGCGUUCAGACCCAGGGCUAGCCGAGCUAGCGAGUUGCUGCCAAAAACAGCACGGGGAGAGCCUGAAAACAGUUUGCCUGGGUGGCAGCAUCACAUCCUCAGACCCUGGAAAUGGCCCGCCUGGGAGGCAGUCAAAACCAGAAGGCUGCAUGCUUGGGGGUCAUUCACUUACAUUAAACAGCACAGCGGCAAGCCUGAAUGGUUUGGGGACCCUGAGAUCAGCGCGCUGCCUUAGGGGCUGAGAGGGACUGAAAGGGGAGCCUGGGCUGCAUCAUCAGCCAAUAAUAGCCUGCCAGGUGGCAAAGGCUGUAAGAAGAACAGUAAGAACCAGCAGAGCGAGGGUGAGAAGAACAAUCCACAGGUUUCAGCUGGGUCUCCUCUUCUCAGCACAUCACGUGCUAGCCUCUAGAACCAGGGGUGGGCCUGCCCCACCGAUGUUCCACACAACCAUCUCCGGGGAACGCUUCACCGCUGCCGUCCAUCGAUGGCCGUCGUUUGACGGGGCCAACUGCGAAUGCUGAGCAGGCUAGUGAGGUUGGGGCCCGCCCUCAGUCUCCGCUCAUUGGCCGCUGGAUGGAAUUGAGGUGAAUGGAGCCCAUUUCCAACGUCGAGGACCCCAACUCAUCAGAGGGAGAUGAGAAACGGUGGCCUGAUGGCCCAAAAAGGAAGAGAAAGAACAGCACAUGUUCGGUGAAGAGCAUGUCUGCACUGAGCCUCUCUGUCCAAGGAUAUAUCCCCAGCUACUUGGAGAAGGAUGAGCCGUGUGUGGUGUGUGGAGACAAGGCCACCGGCUACCAUUACCGCUGCAUCACCUGCGAGGGCUGCAAGGGUUUCUUCAGGCGCACUAUCCAGAAGAACCUUCACCCGGCUUACUCCUGUAAGUACGAUGGCUGCUGCAUCAUCGACAAGAUCACAAGGAACCAGUGCCAACUGUGUCGCUUCAGGAAAUGCAUCGCAGUUGGCAUGGCCAUGGACCUGGUGCUGGACGACUCUAAGCGGGUAGCCAAGCGGCGUCUGAUUGAGGAGAACCGGGAGAAGAGGAAGAAGGAUGAGAUUGUGAAGACCCUGCAGACGCGUCCGGAGCCCGACAGCUCGGAGUGGGAGCUGAUUCGCCAUGUGACAGAGGCCCACCGCCACACCAACGCGCAGGGCUCCCACUGGAAACAGAAACGCAAGUUCCUGCCUGAGGACAUAGGUCAGUCCCCCGGGGCUCCCACCCCAGACGGAGACAAGGUAGACCUGGAGGCCUUCAGCGAGUUCACCAAGAUCAUCACCCCUGCCAUCACACGCGUCGUCGACUUUGCCAAAAAACUGCCCAUGUUCUCAGAGCUGCCUUGUGAGGACCAGAUCAUCCUAUUGAAAGGCUGCUGUAUGGAGAUCAUGUCGCUGCGCGCCGCCGUGCGCUACGACCCAGAGAGCGAGACGCUUACCCUGAGCGGCGAGAUGGCGGUGAAGAGGGAGCAGCUGAAGAAUGGCGGCCUGGGCGUGGUGUCGGACGCCAUCUUUGAUUUGGGCAAGAGUCUGGCACAGUUUAACCUGGACGACUCGGAGGUGGCCCUGCUGCAGGCUGUGCUCCUCAUGAGCUCAGAUCGCUCGGGCCUGACGUCGGUAGAUAAGAUCGAGAAGUGCCAGGAGACGUACCUGCUUGCCUUCGAGCACUACAUCAACCACCGCAAGCACAACAUUCCCCACUUCUGGCCCAAGCUGCUGAUGAAGGUGACGGACCUGAGGAUGAUCGGGGCGUGCCACGCCAGCCGCUUCCUCCACAUGAAGGUGGAGUGUCCCAACGAACUCUUCCCUCCGCUCUUCCUGGAGGUCUUCGAGGACCAGGAAGUAUGAACUGACCCCUAACUUCUGGCCUGGAAGAGAGAGGGGGGAAUUAUUAGGGGAAAAGAAAAGGGGUAAAAAUUGUCCGCUUUCUUUGUUUUGUGAAACACAAUAUCACCACCAGCAACACGGAUAGUCACCAAGAAAAAAGUCUCAGAGAAAAACAAAGGCUUUCUUUCAUUUUGAUAAUUCGUUUCUGGCCGCUCUUGUGGCUGCUGGGGCCCCCCUCUAAAGUGGGGUUCUCUGGCUGCGCUGUGCGUCUCUAUCUAACAGAGAAGCUAGCAGCCCUGAGCGGUGUUCUGCCCCUGUGUUGUUAUACACCAGGUGCACAUGUAUGCAAACCCAAACCCCCGAGGUCUGGUUGGAGUACUGGUACUGGUGUAGCUCUGUGUUAGUGGAAGGCAAUCGCUCUGAGAGGCAGAUGGCUGACACAAACACACACACGUACAUUCACAGACAAUCAAAAACCUUUACAAAAUCAAACCUCACACACAAAUCCACUGAUGUACAUCUACAUUCACCUAACACACACACACUACUAUAGACAAACAUAUUCAUACAUGGACUGACAUAGCUUUUCAGAGCCGCCCGUCACUCGAGCAGGGCAGAUAGCUGCUGUAUUUUGUCCCACAAUUGAGCUUCCAUCAGAGCCUCCAACCAGCUCCCCUCUUCACCGGCCUCCUCACCAGCCUCCACUGGGACAGUUACCAAGUGUUCCCCCCACACUUCUCCCUUUUGAACUCUUCCCUUCCAACCCCCUGAUGUGCAGCCCGAACUCCUCCUAGCCAAGACGUGUACUUGUGAACCUACCUCCCUGUACCUUACAUACCUCCCUUACACAGAGUUACACAUAAACCUCCCUUUAGGACAGUGCAAAGACACACACCUAUUUAUGGAUACAAACCGUAUCCAAUUUGUUGUGCAAAUGUGCAAGUGUACCUUCAUGUAUAUACACAACCCUUUACCCUCAUACAUACAAGUACUGUAUACCUAUCUUACUGCAGGUAUACAGUACACCGGUCUACCUGCAUGCACAUAUACCUCUGUACCUGCAUUAUAUACCCACUGGUUUACCUCCAUGUACUUCUCAUCCUAUACAUACCUGUCUACCUGAAUACAGUCAUACCUCUCUAACUAUAUAUUAUAUUAUAUAUAUAUAUAUAUAUAUAUAUAUAUAUAGUAAACAUAACCUUCUGCCUGUGUAGAUGAGUACAUCUCAUCUAUAUAUACCUCUCUCUGUGUGUACACACACAAAACAAUAGUUUGCUGUUCUUUUACCUCAUAUAUGACAGUUGACCCUCACCUAGGUUGUCAUUCCACCCGUCCCAAACCUCCACUACAUCUCCCGUUUGGACUGCACUGCACUUCCUGGUUGCAGACUGUGUGUGUCUCUGUUGCCCUGCCCAUCACACAGGACUCCCGCCCCCUCUGAUGUGGGAUCGUUUGAGGGACGGGGAGAGGUGUCACUUACCUCGCCGGUGGUUACACCACAGGCCCCACCUCCAAACUGACAGAUUCUACCUCGCCUCUCAUGUCAGUGUAGAUGCCCCUCUGAGUGCAAAACACAUAUACUUCCACAGUUGCCAAUAUGGACCUGUUUGGUCCCCCUACUACCCUGUUCAGUAUGGUUCUAUGACCCCAUGAGAUGCGAGAGGCUGCAGAUCAACAUGCAUAGCAGUCUUUAUCUUUUACACUUUUAUUUUUGAAGUACUUUUAUCACACAGGACCAAGUCUCAUAAUGGAUUCCCCCAUUUAUCUAUGUUCAAGACAAACAACAAACCCACUGGCAGUAUAAAGAUUCUGUGUCUGACAAACUCAAAGGAAACUUUCUUUCUUAGGAAAAGACAGACCGUACACCUUGGAAGCCAACUGAGCUCGAUGGAUGGGCCAAAGCGUUGUUAUUGUAGACGUUGUUAUUGUUGUUAUUGUGGUAAACAAACACGAAAAAAUACUCUAACUCAGUUCAGUAGUAUUCACCUGUGGAUGGAUACCCUGGUUCUCAAUGUGGCAGGUCCAGAGACGAGACAAGAAUGAGAGGCCUAGCCAAUGCAACCUGCCACAUAAUGUACUUUUUACAGCACCAUUCACAGUAGCAACCCCCCUUUCUCCUAAAGUGAGGAAAAAGGGUUGCCCCAGAGAGCCACAAAGCCUUUGAGAUGAUUCUCUGACUGUCCUCUCCACACAUCCAAUCCUACACCCAGCCAGCUCUGCGCUUUCUCUACAUGUCCCCCUCCUCUCUCCUUCAAAGCCAUUGACAGUUGUUUGUUUUGCACUAAAGGGAUGUCUCCCCCUGUAUUUUCCCUAUAUAUGCGCCGUGUUGGGAUACAAUCCAGAUCACCGCCACUCCUAAUACAAUACCUCCCCUCUCCUGCAGUUUUACCCUAAUCCCUAGCUUCAGCCCGGUGCCUAACAUUCUGUCACAACACAUACACACACACACACACACACACUCUCUCAGUAUUACCACAAGGGGAUUUAAAGGAACCUAGAAGCUCUUAACUGUAUGGAAAAUAGGAUUUCAUUCAAUCACGUGCGGAGAUGUGAUAUGGCUCACUUGAAAAAGAGAUGCCGAUCUCAAUGUGACUUUCCUACUUAAAUAACGGAUACAUAAAAAAAAUAUAUAUAUAUAUAUAUAUAUAUAUAUAUAUAUAUAUAUAUAUGCAGUAUAAUGAUAAUCAACUCUUUUGUCACUGUGAACGAGCCAGGCUUUGACCAGACGGUUGGUUUGGAUAAGGUGUAGAAGAGGGUUGGCUUUUAGCUGUGAACGACAUGGAAAUGUUCCCCAGAAGGGGUCGUUAUAAACAACAUGUCGAAGAAGGGAGCAUUCCCACACAGCUAGUGGUCCCUAGACUACGGUACUGACAAUCUCACGCAGAAUCAGACUCACCAGCACCGCAGAGCACACUGCCUUCAGACCCCAUCAAUCGCACCAGCACAGCAGAUAGAUUCUCAGGCUCUUGCUAGCCAUCCUCCUGUCAGGAGAAUGUGUAUACAAUCAACUGACAAAUGUUAGCUUAGGUAUGUCCUUCCACACUACCCCCACACCUCCCAUUCUCCACACUGUUCCUAUUGCACCACCUUAACUAACCACACUACUAAACCAGGGAUAUCAUGUACAUUCUGGAACUCAACACAUUUCUCCCCCUGACACACAUUGACUUCUUUAAAUGGAGAAUCUCCAUUGAACAUGCUUCUUAGUCCAGGACUAGACUUAAUCUGGGUCCAGGAAACUAGCCCCAAUCUCCCCCCCCCUUUAAGACAAUCUCAUGCUUUGCCCUCACUCGCUUUAACCUCCCCAUAACCCCUUCCUCCCCACAACAUGGCUGUCUCGCUCCCCUCUGAACAUCCAAGCGAACCCCAACCAAAAGUAGCACUUUGAGAACUUGGAGAGGAACGGAAAUCCCAGGUACAUGAAUGAUAUGUCGUUGUGAGGAAUGUAAAAAAAAAAAAAAUGAAAUGGUGAAGUCCCAGACUGAAAAUGUUGUGCACUAAUAAGUGUCGUUCUGCAUAUUUGUGAUGUCAUACUUCUGGGUUGAAAUGCUGUUUGUCUGACAGAUUGGUUUCAAUAAAGUUUUUUUUUCUGUUUAGAAAAAGAGACUCAGGACUGAAAGCCCAGAAACGGAGGGGAAGAAAAGACGAUUUGGAUAAAAACAAAAAUGUUAUGAUUAUUGUUUGUUUGUUGUUUAGCAUUUGAUUUAAUUGUUAGGUUAAUGUCUGUGUUGUCGGAGCUUGACUGAUAUGAUGCUUUACUGUGUAAAACAAACGGCUGUAGACACUUUCUGAACGUCUGUGCGGUGUAGGGGCUGCGUCCCAAAUGACCCCCUAUGUCUGACGCAGAUGAAACUUCACUUUGAUCUCA